GUUACCGUGUAGACUGUUACUGAAUACGGAUUGCUUUGCUGUUAUCCCACUAUUGAAUUCGUGCAAAUUGCUACAAAACAUAAUAUUUCUUUUCGCUAUUUUGUACAUAACUAGAAAUAAUAGUUCAUUAUGAGUUUCAUGAACUGCUGCCGGCUUUGCCUGGAAGAUUUGCCAAGCGACGAUGGAGUGGUUCAUUAUUGUUUGAAUGAAACUAUUGUUGACAAUAAUUCAUUGAAGGUUUUAAUUGAGGAGUGCUUCGGUAUUUUGAUGAUAGGUUUUUCAUUAUUUCUUUUUUAGAUGUCGGAAGAUGAAACUAUAACCAAAGUUUGCGGAAGUUGCUAUGAAGACGUACAGUAUGUCCAUCAGGUGCGGAAACGAAUCCAAGUUACGGAUUUAGCCAUCAAAAAUUAUUAUUCAACACUGCAUACAAAGCUCGAAGUCGAAUAUUUGGAGAUUGACGACGAAACAAUCAGUCUCGAACCAAAAAUUGAUUUAAAUGAAACGGAAUUUAAGGAGAUCGGGCAUCAUGAAGAGUGCAUCGAGUCUGUAAUUGUCGAGGAAAAUCUGUCGGAUGAUGAGAGUAGUGAAAAUGAAUCAAUUGAGGAUGAGACGGAGGAUGCUAUUUUUGAGGAUCAAGCUAUUCUACCUGAAAUGGACACCGACGGGCCUGAUGAAAUACUACCACAACGUACGAUAAAAAGACGUAAACUUAACCGUUAUAAGUGCUACAUUUGUUCCACGGAUUUCGACACGCGGGAGAAGUUUGAUUUCCACAUUUUGUCUCAUAUAGGCUCCGUAUCAUUGGUCUGUAGCUUUUGCGAAUUGGAAUUGCAAACUGUCCGUCAAUUGAAUAGGCACCUUAGAGUGAACCACUAUAAUCCGGGUAAAUUAUACCCUUGCAAAGAAUGCGAGAAAAAUGGAGAAAUACGAGAAUUUUCGGCCAACUACACGUUACAAUAUCACAUCAAGCGAGUACAUCAAGGUAUCGUAAAUCCUCCAGAAUUAAAGCACGUGUGCACUUAUUGUGGCAAACGGUAUCCUAGAGCAAGUACCUUGCGGAUUCACGAGAACAUUCAUACGAAAUCCGUAAUAUAUGAUUGUAGAUUCUGCUCUAAGUUUAAGACAACUUCCAGAUCAAACCUAGUGAGGCAUGAGCGAAUACACACAUCCGAGAAACCUUCUAAAUGUGACAUAUGCGAUGCACGAUUCACUCAAUCGGGCCACCUGCGGUUACAUAAAGCUGUUCGCCAUAGUGACGAACGUCCGUUUGUUUGUGAAAUUUGUGGUGAUAAUACUCGUUUCAAAACAAAAAAAGUCCUUCAACAACACAUGCGUACCCAUUCGAACGAUACAUGUCAUUAUGAUGCGCGGCCAAAAUACAAUAAUUCGGACAAAGUUGAACCGUUUAUAUGUCGUUUUUGUGGGAAAGGUUUUCCUAGAAAACAAGCUUUAACGGUUCAUGAGAACAUUCAUACCAAAUCUGUUAUGUUUGAGUGUAAAUACUGCUCAACGUUUAAAUCGGUUUCUAAAUCCAGUUUAAUGAGGCACGAACGAAUUCACACAGCUGACAAACGGUACGAAUGUGAUUUGUGCGGUGCACGUUUCACGCAAUCAAACGGACUAAAAUUGCAUAAAAAUACGGUUCACUGUGAAGAUCGUCCAUUCGCUUGUGAUAUUUGUGAUAACGCUCGCUUUAAAACGAAAUAUAUCCUUCAAGCACACAUGCGUACCCAUUUGCAUAAUUCGAGUAAAGGUCGCGAUGGAAAGAAAUCGGAUUCGUUGAAGCGAACGAAACCCCAACUAAAAUGCACCUUUUGUCCAGCAGUGUUCUACAAAGAAACGUUACUGAACAAUCAUGUAUUAGACAAACACUCGGAUGAAACUGUUCCUAUGAUUCCGUGUAAAUUUGAAGAUGAGGAUACAAAUUAAUUAUAUUAUGUUUUCCAAGCACUAUGUGCAUUUGCCAGUUUAGUAGAGAGGGAUAAAAUUAGUUAACAUUAUUUAGGCAUACGCUAGCAACAUUUAUGUUUGGAAGGUUUUAACCGAACCGAAGCUAUGUAUGAUGCAUGAAGAAACUGGA